CCGUACGGCAUCAAACCAUGCUUCUACUAGCGCUUCUUGCGAUUUUGUUGCCUCAAGCGCGCGGAGAAUAUUUACAGGAAGGAGAUUGCCCUGGAAAUAGCAAAAUACCGAAUCAAACUGUCAAAAACUGCAACUACUACUGCCGCAAUGGAAGCAAUUGGGACAACACAUACUUCGCGGCGGGAACAAAGUGCCAUUACGGCUCUGGGAUUGUCGGUGUCUGCGUUAAUGUGGAUGGUGAAGGGACAGGCUGCAGCAUCAGUCAAGGUUCAGGUCAUGAAACUGAAAACCCUGAACCACACAUUACAACAAUAAAGACAGAGGAGCCUUCCGAUGUGACAACGAAGCGCGAAAGCCCAACAUACGAAGCGGCAAGUGAAGCACCCGCAUCGACAACCGAAAAUUCGGAUAGCUCAGAUAAGAAGAAGAAGAAGGAGAAGAAGAAGAAGGAGAAGGAGGACAAGAAGAAGAUGAGGAACAAGUGUAAAGCGACGCAUAAAAACAAAAAGAGAACUACGCCACUUCCUGUAGAAUGGUAGACAGAGUCACACACGAAAUAAACCUUUCAUAAGUUUUAUGCCACAAGCAACAGGCAUAAAACGUUGAUUGCAGUGUGAAACCCACCUAAAAUGUACUAAUUUAGGAACACUCGAUGACUUCAGUUUUAUAAAAUAUAAAGUACCAUAACC